AUGCUAUAUAAUCUUUGUUGAAUAACAUACCUCAAUCUAUUUGUGUAUAGUUCCUAAAAUGUAGUAAGAACAAAGAUUGUGAGAAAAGAUAGUACAUUCAUUCAUGUCUUCAUAGAAACUUUCUAUAUAAUCACUCCAUAAGCAAUAUGUCACGUUUCUCUUCCAAAAGAAGACAAAAAAAAUGAUGGGUAAAAUUUCAAAUGUAGUUCUUGUUCUUGUUUAUUACUCUAUUCUAACACCAUCACGUUCUAAUGGUUAUCCUCUUUCAACACAAAAUAGAUGGAUCAUUGAUGAAUCCACAAAGCAACGGUCCAAACUAGUUUGUGGAAAUUGGGCAGGGCACCUUGAACCAAUGUUACCAGAAGGACUUAACAAGAAGCCAUUAAAGGAUCUUGUUUCUCAAUUGGUUAAUCAAAGAUUCAAUUGUGUUCGCCUCACCUAUGCAAUUUACAUGUGGACACGUUAUGAGAAUAAUGUUGUUGAAGACACAUUGAGAGAUUUAAGAAUACAUAAAGAGGUUGUUAAAGGGAUUUCAAAAUCAAAUCCUUCUUUGUUGAAGAUGACUCACAUACAAGUCUUUGAUUCAUUGGUUAAGGAACUUGGAGAUCAAAAUGUGAUGGUGUUGCUUGAUAAUCAUGUUAGCAAGGCAAAAUGGUGUUGCAAUGAUGAUGAUGGAAAUGGGUUCUUUUAUGAUAAAUAUUUUGAUCCUUUGGAAUGGAUGCAAGGCCUUAGUUUAGUAGGCAAACACUAUGCUGGAAAUUCUGUUGUAUGUAAGAAAUUCAUAUACUUUUUUUCUCUGUUUCUAUUUGGUUUAAUUACUCUAUUGGUCCCUUUAGUUUCGUGAAAU